AUGGCGUCGGCGGGCACUCGGCGAAGUGCCGAAAAUUCCACCGGCGGCAGGGACUCACCGAAUUUGAACAAAUUUGGAGUUCCAGCAUGUCGCCUGACCCCCAUGGUCAUUUUCACCGCACUCGCUCUUUUGGGAAUGGUGCUAGUUUGUAUUGGUGCCUGCAUCUGCGGCUUCCUGUGGCAUGAUUUGAUCCCUAAAGUAACUAUCUAUUACACUGUACAAGACAUUCGUUUUCGUGACAAUCUGAACGUACCUGCUGAUCGAAUGUCUUACCAAGCUGCAGUCACUACUGCGAGAGUCACAUCCACAACGGAGAUUUGA